AUGGCCUCCCGCUGCCUCUUCGCUCCCUCCAAGAGGAUAGCGACGCAGGCCCGUGCCGGCCUCCUGGCGCAAACCGCCGUCAGGCACAGCUCCGGCAAGAGCUCCUCCACCUCGGCCAUUGCCUACAAAGCCAACCGUCGCCGGCAGGCACCCCUCCCCAUCAGCGACCAGCCCCCCUCGUGGUCAGCCCAAGCAGCCGUGUCCAACAUCCUCUACGAGACCCCCACCCCCUCCGUCGCCCCUCCGAAGCGCCAUGUCCUCAACUGCCUCGUCCAAAACGAGCCCGGCGUCCUCUCCCGCGUUUCCGGCAUUCUCGCCGCCCGCGGCUUCAACAUCGACUCCCUCGUCGUCUGCAACACCGAAGUAGAGGACCUCUCCCGCAUGACCAUCGUGCUUACCGGGCAAGACGGCGUCGUCGAGCAGGCCCGUCGCCAACUCGAGGAUCUCGUCCCCGUAUGGGCCGUUCUGGACUAUACAAACUCUGCUCUCGUCCAGCGCGAGCUUCUCCUCGCCAAGAUCAACAUUCUUGGUCCCGAGUACUUUGAGGAGCUCCUCGCCCACCACAGGGAGAUCACGGCUCCUGCUGAGGCUGCUGAGGCGGCCCCUGCUGCUUCUGAACCUAGCUUGGAGGAGGUGUCGCAGGACUUCCACCCUAGCAGGCUGGUUGUCAGCGAGGCUCUGCGUCACAAGCAUGAGCAUCUCAAGAAUAUCACUUAUUUUGCUCAUCAGUUUGGCGGAAAGGUUCUCGAUAUUAGCACUAACAGCUGCAUUGUUGAGAUUUCCGCUAAGCCCGAGAGAAUCGACUCCUUCCUCAAGCUCAUCGCUCCUUUUGGCAUUCUCGAGUCCGCCCGCACCGGUCUGAUGGCCCUGCCUAGAUCACCCCUCUACGGUCCUGAUGAGCAGGAUCAGCACGUCAAGGACGCUGACGAGGUUGUCGAUGCCAGCACCCUCCCCCCUGGUUAA